CAGGAACAACUGAAACCGCGCCGAGCGGACAGCACUUCGUUGCACCACCAAACCACCAAGCUUUCCUCGCAACACCUGAACCAACUCACUUUAUCCGUUGCUGACCAAGGCACACCCCAUCACCCAAAAUGAAAGGCCGCCCCGUAGAGACGCUCGUCUACGAGUAUAUGUUUCCGAAACCUCGGCCAUCUGACCCCCAAAACUUCCACGCACUACUCCAGCGAUAUCUAAUUCUCGAGGUCCGGCAAGAAACACACUCGUUCUAUGGCCACCUGGACACGCCCGAAGCAAAGUACCCGGGUCUCGACUACAACAACCGGAUUCACCGCAUCCGCCUUAGCAGGUGGCCGUGGCAUCGCCGCCUCUUCCGCGCCUUUGACGGCUUGCGGCUAACUCCUGCCGAAAUCUCGUCUCUGACAAAGUGGGAGGGAACAAAAUGGGCCAAAGAACGAUUUGAGCGAGAUCAGGGAAUCAAGAUUCGAGACACCACGGCCGACGGGUUCCCUAACUACGCCGACCCCACCGACCCGUACUGUGCGCAAUCGCUUCUGCAUGCCCAAUCCCAGGAGACGGAUAACCAAGUCGAAGUCGGGGGAAGAGCGGAAGAAGCAGGAGAGGACGAGGAAGAGAAGGACGAGGAAGAGGAAGAGGAGGAGGAGGAGGAAGAAGAAGAGGAGGAGGAAGAGGAGGAGGGAGAGGAUGGGGGAGAGGAGGAGAGCGACGGGGAACUCGAAAGCGUCGGGGUUGCCUUGAAUGAGCGGCUUCGGCAGCGGGUCGCCAUGCGGAACAUGUCGGGGGAUAACACGAUGCCGCUCGACGAGGAGUGGGAGAACUGGCUUAAACACGCCAUAGAAUCCGGGGAGCUGCCUCACGUGGCAGAUCAAAUCGCCCGGUUUCCUGGGUCUCACAACACACUGACGGCCGACGACAUCUUUCCGCCACGCAUGGUAGCUGCUGCCAGGGCGGGCCACUGGGAGGAGAUCCCCGACUUUUUGCACGACAUGAUCCGGCAGGCUCUGCAGUCUGGGCACAGGCCGGCGCCGGCUCAGACAUCGGCGAUGACAGGUUCAAGCUCACGACCCUCGAUUAGGUACUCGAACGUCCUGAACACCUUUACCAGAGUCGGUGUUUACCCUCCUGUUCCCGAAGCCCGUUCAACAGCCUUCACUAGCCGCCGAACAACGACAACGGAGAAUCCGCCCCAGCAAACCGCGCGACCGGGGGCUUAAUUCCUUCUUACUAGACCACAAAACCAUAAAGUUCACGCGACAUAACGGAAACAGCACAUUCAGUCCCCUUUGCGCUUCUCUAC